CCCGUCUCUGGAGUCUGCCGAGGUGGCCAGCCCCGCACCGGCCCCCGGGCUCCCGGUCGCGGCGCCCCCGGCGGACAGACAGGCCCCGAUGAGCGGGUUCCAAGUAGCCGAAGUCCUCUCCGGGAGAUACCACGCGGGGGAGAUCCGCUUCUUCUACCUGAACACUGCCCCGAACCGGCAUUUCAGGCCUUACGACCUAGUGACCGUCCCGGGGUACCUGAUCAAGCCCCAGCACUACGUCUUCUCGCCCUUCGGGGUGCUGUGCGUGCAUCCCGAGGAGGGCUCCGUGGCGCUUUCCUUGGGCGACUGGCAUCGGGAGGCCCGGCUGUGGCAGCUGAUGCAGCACAUCCCCUUCUUCCGCCUCUUCUUGGUCCGCAAAGCCUUCACUCGGUGGUGCGUUAACGUCAAAUAUUUGCAAUACUUGAAACUCCGGGAGAAGCUGAACUUCCAGUUGCUUCAAGCUGUGCCCCAUUUUGGAGCAGCACUUCUUCACAUAUCCAGACUCCUGCAGGAGUUGCAAUCCGUCCACUGGCUGCCAACUGGCGCCAGCAGGUGUUACAACUUCAUUGAACUCAAGCGGUCUCUGGCCCAGAUGAACAGCAACGCAGACGGGUUCCUUCACAGGUUCCUCGCCCUCUGCACCUCCAUCUUGGAGCUGGUGCGGGAUGACACCUACAAGAUGGUCCAUGGGCUGCAGACGGAAGUGCAGGGCUACCGGUUGUACAUCACCAAGGAGUCCCCGUACCAGCAGCGCCUGGAGUUCGAGAGGCUGCAGUGCCGCUUGCGAGAGGCCGAGUCCUGGCUGCAGAUGCUGGGGACCCUGGCCAUGCUGGUGAACUUCCUCAUUUGCCAGACCCUCAUCUCCGUGAUGCACCAGGAAGCCUCCAGCUUUGUCAAUUUUACCAUGCAGGCCGAUGGCUCCACCCAGAAAGCCGUCCUCCGGGUGCAGCUGGUGUUCAGUGCGGACAAUCAGCUCGUCGUCUUUCCUUCCAGCGGGGAGCUGGAAGACUGCCUGUUGGGGGCUCUGCAAACAAUGGUGGAGACCGUCCUGGAGACCACCCGGGUUAAAAGUGAGAAGGCAGAAGCUCAAGCAGGCCCCAGGACCCCUGAAACAGAGCGUCCGCCCUCCCAAGCAGCUGGAGACGUGGCCCCCGCGGCCCCUGGGGAUGAUCAGAUCUCCCGGCUGCGUGAGCAGCUGCAGCAGAUGUCGCUGACGGUGCUGUGCAGCGAUAAAGCCCAGCUGGUGCAUCGUUUGGACCUGAAGGCCUGCAGUGGGCUUCAAGUGGUGGGCCACCGGCUGCGGGCAGAGUACCCCUUGAUGUCUCGUGAGCAGCUGGAGACCGACCUGCACACAGACAGCAUCAUCCAGGCGGCCAUGGCUAAACUUCAGGACCUCUUCAUGGCUGGGCUGGCAGAGACACAGCUGCUCUGCCGAGAGUACUCUUGGCUCGGCCAUAUCUACCAGUACGUGCACAGCUGGAGCGACGGCCAGCUGGAGAGCAUGAAGGGGCUGCCGGCAGAAGAGUACGUGAAUCAGAUCCUCAAGUUGCGCACCUGGGCGGUCCAGGUGCAGAAGGUGCCGCUGGUGGUCAUCACCUUCAACCGCUUCUUCCUGGUGGACUGCAGUGGCAUUCUUCAGGACAUCC